ACAUGAGUCCAUCUCUGCCCUGUCCUCUGUGCCUGCACUCUCAUCAGACAGUGACAAGGAUGGUGAAGAUGAAGGGAAUGAUGAAGAUGAGCUACGUGGGCUGCAGUCUUUCCAUCUUCAGUCCAACUGCAACACUGAGAGAGACUCAGAUCCAGACCUUUCCCUCUCAAGAAGCCUUUCCCAUUGGGAAAUGAGGAGGGCCAAAGAGAUAGCAGCAAUCCAGCGCUCAGAGGCACCAAUGAGCAAGAUGCCCCGGCAACGUGGGCGCUGGUCCCAGCCCACCAGCAACAUAGAAAUGACUGUGAAAUCCAUGCUUGACCUGCGUCAGUUGGAGUCUUUCUCUGUUUCCCGUUCUCCAAGUCGAGACUCGCUGUCUCAAAACAGCAAUGGGGACGAGAGAGAAGAGCAGGCAGAUCUUCCUGUGCUCAUCAACAAAGUUGGCAGCUCAGUACCUCUCCAAGAUAACCGGUCUUGUGUAAGACCCAAAGUGAUUCGGCUUGUGUCUUGUGAAGAUGGGAUUUUCUCUCAGGAGCUGGAACCUUCUGAGAGUGAGGAGUGUGUAAUCUACCCUGAGCAAGAUGAAAUCCAUCCCACAGACCCUAGCAGUGAGUUCCAGGUAAAAGCAUUACCCCAUGGGAAGCUAAGUAGAGGUUAUCACAGUAAUGGAUGUCCAGACAAACACAGUCCUGACAGUGCCUGCUCUGUAGAUUACAGCAGCAGUCGUCUGUCCAGCCCAGACCAUCCAAAUGAAGAUUCUGAAAGCACUGAACCCCUAAGUGUGGACGGCAUCUCAGACCUGGAGGGAGAGGAAGGAGAGGAAGACGUGGGUGCUAGCAUGCCGGAGGGAGAAAUCUCCCAGAUACCUGAUCAGGAAAAGUUCCUCAAGCAGCAUUUUGGGACCCUGGGCAGCACUGAUGGAAAAGGUGGCUCUUGUAGAAAUCUGGAAAGAACUGAAAAUCUCAGCAUUUCCUCUCGCUUUCUUUCCCAGUCCCCGGCUCUCAGACGAUUGUCACUCUCGUCGUCAAAUCUGAUACUGGAUUCAAAGCCCAUUGAGCCACCAACCCAGACCAAUCGGUUUACGCCAGACCUGUUCAAAAAUGGCGGCAGCCAUCCUGGUGAUGCAUUGGAGAACAGCCAGCUCCUGGAGAGUGUAAAUUUAAAUCGGGCUGUUUAUGUCCAGAAAAAACGCAGAUCAGCUUUGGAGGCCAGCAGAGUUGGUAUGGCUCCUGGACGGGUUAUUGCAUCCUUUCCAGAAGGCCCUGUGAAUGCAGUGAUGAGAAAGGCGCAAUCAGUUCACGACCUCGUUCAUGAGGAUAAGGGUCCUGGAGUGAUAUCCUCUGCCAGGCAGCGUCCUCAGACUCUUUUGGUGGUUGAGAAGGAUCCCAGACCUAACAAUUGCAGGGUGUUAUCAGCCAAUAUGUUGAAGAUGGAUGGAUCUGGUGCUCUGCUGGCCAAAGAUGUCAGGGCUGCAAAACCAAAGUCCUACAUGAACCCCACAACCAGCUUCCGGGCUAAGAUGUCAAGGAGCAUAUCUGUAGGGGAAAAUCUGUACCUUGGUUACUCCACCGAAAUGUUGACUGAUGGGAGGACUAGCCCUCCAGUGGCAGAGAAGACACAGUUUAGUUCCACAGCAGAUGCUGAGAAGAUUAAGCUACCGGUGAAAGAAAAUGUUCCAGUGAAGCCAGCGCUUCAGCCAGUUGUAAACUGCUCAUCUCCCAAGUCCUUCCACAGCAAGUUAGCAUCAUCAAACCGAGCACAUCUGAUUCUUGACAUUCCCAAGCCGUUGCCUGAUAGACCCACACUGGCCUCCUUCUCACCCACUACCAAAACAAAAACCCUGCUUGAGCCACAGUCUCCGCAGUCACCUGCCGGGGCCUGUAAAAAGAAACCCUCUUUUCCUGAGGUCCGAGCCUCCAAGAGGGAGAAUCAAACUGCUGGGUCUCUGGUUCCUGGUAGAGAGAUCCCCACAGGACUUGCUAAGGAGAGCCCAGUGGAGAGUCCAGUCUCAAGGACAGGUUGCCAGGAUGAGCCAGGGGUCACCAAUCCAAAACUGAGGGAGUUGUCAGAGGGCCGGCACCUAACGUCUCCUGAGGGCACGCUGCCCAGGUGCAGGGAGAGGAUCGCUGGCAUCGCCUGUGUACUAGACAAGCAGCCUGGACUUUGCCCACUAGACCCCAUCAGGCCAAGGUCUCCUACAUCUAUAACUGCCUCAGCACAGGUCUCAGAAUCGUGCAUCAGCGUAGAGCAGUGUGAGCACGUGGUAUCCGAGCUCCAGGACAGCAUGCGCAAAGCCAUUCAUCUUUACCGCAUGGUGUUAAAUGAUACAGAGUCUUCUACUGACAAAGAUAAAAUAGCAGGCCUCCUGACAGAAACAUUCUCCUCAAUGAAGAAAGAAUUGGACUCUCUGAAGGAUGAGGAAGAGUUUCCGAAGGUUAAGGAGGUACUGGCGAAGCCACAAGACACCACUAGCCCACUGAAUGAGGGAUGUGGUGCCAGUUUACCAAGUCCCAAGAGUUUGGGAGAUGAGCAGACGCUAGCUUUGCUGGAACAGUACUCAGAGCUAUUGCUACAAGCUGUGGAACGACGCAUGGACAAAAAACUCUAAGAGGGGUGUUUUUCAGGUGUUCAUGAAUACACAGAGAUAAUCCCAAGAAGAGGACCACAGAGAGAGCUUCAGAUUGAUGCUAUCAUCGCACUGGUCUGGGGCUGGUGGGGAGACAUUUAUAAAUUGAUUUCCUCAGGCCCCUGCAACUUACUUGCUCUAAUUCUCAGCAAUGUGCUGGCCACAAUUUUAAUACUUUUUUCCCCAAUGGUCUUCAACUUUCUG